AUGACUCUGCGGGUAACACCGAUGAGGAAAAUACUGGCUUCGUUGCUUGUUCUGCUGCCGGCAGUUCUUAAUCAAUCGUUUGAAAAUUCAUAUUUGGGAUUUCCCGAUGCAUGGGAUGGAGAUAAGUACCGGGAGCUGUACUGUCCUAGCAAGAACAUUCCUAAAUUUCUAGACGGAUUUUUCCUGUGUCAGUUAUCAGCAUCUUAUGGGAAUAGUUCUGCUCCACCAGGAAAAAAACUUAAUCACAUGAUAGAUGCGAUUGGAGCAGUUGCAUCUUUCCACAUCAGGAAUGGACAAGUCGUGUUUUCCUCACAAUAUUAUCCAUCUCAACCAUAUAAGAUCUGGGAAUUCUAUGAUCGCAAUAUUACGAAUUCUGGAGUACCUUGGGCUGGAUGGUCCGAUUAUAACAUUACAGCGAUGUCAAGAUGGGAACAGAUCCCACCCAACCCUGAUUCUGCUCGUUUUCAUCCAAAUCUCGAUUUCUGGAAAGUAGGACAUAGAAUUCUCGCGGGGACGGAGGCUCCAUAUUGGGUUGGAUAUGAAUUUGAUCCCCGUACACUGAACAAGUUCAAAUUGUUCAAAUUUACUGAGCAAAACGAUAUCUUCUCAACUCCAAGACCAACAAUGAUACCAAUAUCCAUGGCCAUUCAUGAGCGGAAUGAUCCGGAUGGUACUAUUUGGGGAUCAUUCUCUGCAAUGAAUUUUGAAGAACAACGAUUCUACCAGGGUGUAUUUACCGUGGAUAAUAAUGGAGUUCGUCGAAUUGCUGGUUUGUAUGACUAUGGAGUUUGGGAUUCCAAAGCAUGCGGCAAGAAAGAAGAGUACAUUGGAGAUAAAACACUACUCCCCGGUUACAUCCAUUCAAUAACUUCAACGGAGACAUACGUAGUGAUUCCAAUCACUUCGCUUCUGAUAAAUCCGUGCAAGUUCAAAGAGCCCCCACUUACCAACACGAGAUCUUCUAUCCAAAAGGGCGGACUAUGGGGUAUGGAUUUCUACGACAUGGUUCCGUUGAGAUUCCUUCUUUUCAACAAGAAAACUAGGGAGUUUGCUAUGGAACAGCCUCUAGAAGUUUUCCCCUCAAUGUUCAUUACUCAUCAACUGAACGCUUAUGAUUCACCGGAUGGUAAUAUAAUUGCUGACAUGGUUGUAUAUGAUUCCCAUGACCCUUACGUCAAAUACUACUACACCGAUUUCCUUACUUCUCAGCUUUAUCCGAAUACAGCUAGAGUGUUACGUUUCACACUUGAUCCGAGACUGCGGAGGGUUAUGUAUAACUACCUUCUUCCACAAGAGACAAUUGCGGCCGAUUUCCCUCAAAUAAAUCACAAAUAUGAACAAAAGCCUUACCAAUGGUCAUAUAUUGUUGAGUACCCAUUCGCUAGCGGAAAUCGCAUUAUCAAGAUCAACGUCGAUGAGCCGGCUGGUUUGCGGAAUCAGGAGUUUCAAGCCGAAGCCAAUAUUGUUCUCCAUGAACCAUGGUUCGUUGCAAAACCCGAAGCACGCAGGGAGGACGAUGGCGUCCUGCUUGUUCGAGCUCUUGACGUUCUUGAGAACAAAGGACUGUUUCUUGUAAUAGAUGCGGAGUCCAUGACUGAAAUCGGCAGAGCGUUUGUGCCCAUUUCGAUACCCUUCGGAUUCCACAACAGAUUUUUCUCAAAACAUGAUCUUGGGCUACCGGAAGAUACCUCCUCUACAACCAAUGGUAGCAGUCAAUUCCGGCCUGCGGAAAAAAAGAAAGGACUUGUCACAUUGCCGCUAAGGAAAUUUACUUCUAUAGCACCACCUACUAGAACGACAGUUACUGCUAGUACUACGAAAGCUACAGAAAUAGAAACUGAACAACCAACAACCUCUAUGCAGAAAUCAACCACCCAUGUCAUUCUCACGGACACACUCACCUCUGCAACAAUGAUUAGUGAAGUUCCAGCAACCGUAACGACUCAAGAUUGGUCUCCGACAACCAAAUCGUCGACAACAACAACCAUCACUACAACAGCUACUACAACAGCAAAAAUCCCUCGUUGGUGGCCACUUCUUGUCACUACACAAUCACCAUGGUGGCAACGAGUUCAACAGGGGGUGAGCACAGUUGCUCCACCUUUUCCAGUUCCAAGGAACACAGCGGGUGAACCCGAAAUUUCUACGAAUGCAGUUACGUUUGCAAACAAAUCUCAUAACUCAACUGCGGAUGACAUCUAUUCGGAAACGUUGAUGGCUCUAUGCUCUUGGAUUCCCAAAGUGUUUUCUGGUAUAAGCAAUGAAAACUGCCUGCAAGAAGGAAAAAAGGCAGCAAGGUGGAUGGCACCAAUUGCAGGCAGCUAUGCAGAGCGAUUUCGUGUUGCAAAAGCGAGCCAAACGCUUCCACCCGGUGAGACUUCGGUCGUGAGACCUGUGCUAAGUGAUCAGCGGAACUCGGCGAACGAAAUGAAUCCGCUUAAGUUGCAAACACCAUUUGUAUAG